GACUUUGGCCUAGGCGACCAGGUGGCGGUGGCUGUGGAGGGGAGGUGGAUCCCCAGGAGGUAUAAAGCCUUUCUCUGCUCUGCCUUGGGAGCUGGUGAGGAUCGCCUGCCAGAGUCUGGGCCUCGGGAAUAGACGCCUCCAGCCUCCUUGCUCCACACCCUCCUCAGCGUUCCAGGUCUUCUGACGCCAUGGGCACCCGCUACUUCCUGGCCCUGUUUCUCAUCCUCCUGGUAUUGGGAUUUGAAGUCCAGGGGGCCCCUCUGACCCAGGAAGAUGAGAUCAGCAGCCCCUCGCUGUUCUCCCAGAUGCAGGAAUCACUUUAUAGUUACUGGGAUACGGCCAAAACAACGGCCCAGGACCUGUACCAGAAAACCUACCUGCCCUCCGUGGACGAGAGUAUAAGGGACAUGUACAGCAAAAGCACAGCGGCUGUGAGCACUUACGCAGGGAUUUUUACUGACCAGGUCUUUUCUCUUCUGGCGGGAGACGAGUAACGACGGGACCCCACACACAGGAGAGGAGAUAGUCCAGAGCCCAGCAACUCUUUCGCUCCCGACCACCCCUCCACUCCCCACUUCCUAGCAGCUCUCCGCAUCUUGCUACCAACUUUAGCGUGAUUUCUUAUCAAUAAAAAAAGACAAAUCUUC